UUGUAACAUUUUGAAAUUUGAAUCUUUGCCAAACAUAUUGCAGGAAAUAUCAAUAAAUAUGGUCCGUGACUGUCAUGUGGCAACAUUUGAAAAUGUUUAUGGAAAAUAUUUCAACAUUUUGUCAAGUUUGUCCGCUUUGGUAAAGGUUUAAAAUGCUAGAUAAUGGUGCGGAACAAUUAGUGCUGAAAUUGGAACAACUCUUCCAUGGAAAAGAGGAUGUUAUUUCCAACGGAAGAUUAAGAGUAUGCCUAACAGCUUCGGUCAUUGUUUUCCUUAGCAAAUGCUUUGAAGACACCCAACAACAUACAAAUUCACAAAACCGCAUCAUAGAAUACCUCAAGCAAUGCGUGCAGUCUAUUCAUACACUGAAGGUUGUUCGAGGACCGACUUACAAGUUCAGCAAUGUGAUUGACCUGUCGCAUUUUCAAGCUGUUCAAAUCCUUCAGAUUGAAAAAAUAGCUAUAGGAUAUAUUUCUGGAUUUCAAACAUUAAGGUCAAGAAUUAGAGUCCUAAAACUCGAACGCUGUAUUAAUGAAAUUAAUGAUAUUCUUACGUUGUGUGGCUCUGAUCUAAGUACCGCAUUCACCUGGCCGCACCUUGAAGUAGCUGAUUUUAGUUGUAACACCAUAAACCGUCUUGAUUCUUCACUGCGUCUACUGACAUGCAUACGAUGUUUGAACCUGAGUCAAAAUGAAUUGAUCACUAAAGAAGAUGAAGUUAGUGAAGAAGAAUGGAUGCACUUACCAGAGGUGAGUUACCUGGAUCUUGGCUACAAUAGAUUUACAAAAAUUCCUUCUUUCCCGGAAAACUGCUGUUCGAAGAUAACAACCCUGAUUUUGAGAAACAAUGAUCUGGAAAGUCUGGAAGGUAUUCAAAUGUUAUCGAGUUUAGAAGCUUUGGACGUGUCUGCUAACUGCAUAUCAGAAUAUUCGUGUCUAUCUUCUUUGCUAGAUUUACACCGACUAGCUUCAGUUUGUUGCUAUGGCAAUCCAAUAUUCUAUGACAAAAGAUAUCGCAUUGGCGUUGUCUCGUGUCUUUCUCCCAGCCCACGUCAAGUUCCGAUUUUACUUGAUAAUGAAGAACUAAAUGAUAAGGAAUUGUUUAGUCUCGGUCAGUCACGAGAAAUUGAUCUGACAUGUUACUUACCAGCUCGACCUUAUGGUUCACCAGUACACAUGAUUCAAAAUAAUGCAGAAAGCUUUGUUUCCUCUGGUGAAUACGGUAGUACACCUCGUACUCCUGAGCAAAAGAGGAAGAAAAAGGCCGUCACAAGGCAACCGCCCAUCCGUACUAUGGGUGAAGAACCGAAUAAACAAAAAUCUCCCGCGUCUCGGACUCUUAGCUUCAAUACAGUGGAGACGAAGGAAGAAUUAGAAAAACUUGAAAAAGUCAAGAGAGAUGUUGGAGAAGGUUACCUCAUUGUACACAAUCAAGAACAAGUGAAGAAAAAUACGCCAAAACUCCCAAUCGAAACUUCCUCAGAGCUGCCGAGUGCGUCAUCCGAGUUAGAAGGGAUCACAACAGAUGAUGCCGAUAUGUAUCAAUCACCCGAAAGCCCCCCGUUCAGCAAGGCGGAAAAGCAAGAAAUUCUUGAUGAUGAGGACAGCGGUGGGAUAUUCUUGGUGUCCAUCAAACAACCGCAGUCCACUGAAGAAACAACUGAGGAUUUGUUUGUCUUAGUGAAGGAUAGUGAAAUUGUUGAAAAAAAUAUCAAUUUGAAGGAAAUGUCAAGGUUGGAUUUGAAUGGUCUUCUUGAUUUAAAUAUCGUUCGAGAUGAUGAAAAAAUAAGAUUACACCUGAAAUUUGCGCAUGUUCACAAAGAAAGAAAAUAUCGAGAGUAUUUCUUUCAUGAUGAAGAACAAUGUGAGAAUUUUGUCUCCAUUCUUAAAGACUACGUGAAGGAACCUGAUCUUGCAAAUAGCAUUCCUAAAAAGCAAUUUAAGUGCCUAAAAUGCUUGAAGUGCUACACCACUAGAAAGGAGAUAUCUGUCUGUGCUGUUUGUCACAGUUCUGUCGUGGUAGAGGUGACAAAAGAAGAAACAGAAACAGAGACAUAUAAGCAAACACGAAGUAAACGCGAAUAUGUUACUGACGGGCAUCAAACUAAUAUCCGAGAUCCUGAUCUCAUUCCGAGUACAGUCCGCGAUGCCCUAGUACAACCAGAUAUUUGCAUUUCGAGCAGCGAUAAGGACGCUGGCAUAAGCGCAGAUGCUGAAGACACACCUGAGGAAGACAGCGAAUAUGGAGCUUUGGUUUCCAGCAUUCAAGUAAAGUCAAAAAAGGACGAAACUUGUGAUGAUAAAAGUUUAAACAAUGGAAGUUGCGAAUCACCGGGUCCUACCAUUCCAUGCUUGAUUCAGGUAAAAUCCUCAAGUCCCUCUCCUGCUAUGAACAUUUCACUCGACAGUUUAUCUGGGCCAGGAUCUCAUCGUGGGUUGUAUAACAGAACACAAGAAAGUCCCUCGGCCUCUUCUUACAGUUCGCAGUCCGGCUCAGAGACACGAAACUCGACACCGGUUGCAGGAAAGACAUCGUCAAGAAUUCAUUUUUCCUUGGACUCGUGCACGCAUUGCGACCAUCACUUGAAGCUGUACUUAGAAACGAAACUCUUUAAAGGCGGAGAAAACGAGGAAUUUUGUUGUAUGAUCAAGUGUCCAGUCGCAUCCUACGGUAGUUCACACGGCAAACCUUCAUUAUUAGUCAUUUCAAAUACGAUUGCUUAUGUCUGCAAAACUUCUGGGAUCGAAAGCACCCGGCCUGAGGAGUGGUUGUCGAUAAAGGCAUGUUAUCUUCUAACAGAUCUGAAAUAUAUUGAAUACGGUCCUCAAAGUCAGAGUUUCAGAUUAGAAUUUGCUGAGCAAUUUGGUUGUUACAAGUUUUUGGUCGGAGAUAGGAAACGUUGCGAGAACUUUUUAACAACACUUCGAAGUUUCGCUAAGAAAGCUUGUGGAGAUAAACACAGAUUUCCCAAGAUUGGUAAAGCUAACUCGCAAACUUGUGCAAAUAUCAAGAUUCAAGUUUUCGGUGUUAAGGAUGAAAGUCUCAUGGUCAAGGGAAGACGUCUUUACGAACAAGCAAUAAACUUCACAGAUCCACCAUUACUUAAAGAUCGUAAGGUCUGGUUACGCACGUUACCUAAAAGCGUGCUGGGUGAAGAAUUAAUUGAUUGGUUAAUUUAUCGUAAAGAGGCAUCCAGUUAUCCAGAAGCUGUGCAGAUAAGUCAGCUGCUGCUCAAUGCAGGAGCAAUACGAUGUUUCAACAAGGAUUGCAGGAACUUAGAAAAGGAACAAUACUAUUACUUCGACUUACCGGCUGAAGUGCAAGAGGACGAAGUCAGCAACAGUUCUAAGGACAACAUGUCGGAGUCAUCCGAAGCCAAUACUGUUAUAAAACAAUAUAUUCUCGCGUAUUGGAAAGAUGAAGAAAAAUUAACACAAGUGGCUUUAAUCAUAACAAACUCUCAGAUCGCGUUGGCUGAGGAAAACCACCAGUGGCCAUUACCUCGACGACAUCAUCCUCCUAAAGUUUUAUCAGGACCACAGUUUGUAAUGAAGAAGAAACAAGAAAUUAUCAACAUCACUAAUGUGGAACUAUUCGCUGAAUCUCCGUGUGAAAUUGAAAUUGAGUUUCUAAAUGAGGAUACGCCUGAAAGUAUCGAAGACGACCGCUGGGAAAUAAUAUUGCAGUCAGAAAACUCACUUACGGUUUUUCUCGAUGCCAUCAGGGAAUUAUGGGAACACAAAUUCGGUAUUGAUUUACCAGUAAAUCUUUCAAACUGAAUGGAAUUGCUGUCGAAUAGGAAAUAAUUAUUGAGGACAGGAAAGUUGAAUGGAUUCUUUAAAAGAGGAAGUGAAAUUGAACCAAUGAUCUGGCCGCAAUGAUAUCACGAAUACGUUAUCCAGUUAAUUCUCAGAUCAGUGGGAACAAUCGGGUGGAUAGAGGGACUGUUAACUAGAUCUCAAAAGUGGCCACCCGAAUUAACGCUGUUUUUACGCCGUUUUUACGCCAUCACUAUAUGUUUGGGUUACCAAAGAUUUUGAAACUGUAAGAUAUCUAUCGAGUUGGGGUUGCGGAAAGUUAAUAUUACUGACCCAAACAGACCACCAUUUCUGUAUUUCACUGUGAUGAUGAUGGGUUAUUGCUUAUAGAUAACUCACUCAUAAACUUGGAAACUCCAUCAUUUGUUAUUUAUUUCAACUAAAACUUUGUUCGUCACGAAUACGAUUUUAUAAUCUGCAUGUUUGAACAUGAGAGAUCAUCACAAGUUUGAAUAUGCCCCGGAAUCAAUCGAAUUAAACACUAAUGCCGUAAUGCGUUUAGUUUUGUUUUCAAUGCUACACAAACAAUUACUGACAUGCAGAUAAUGAUAGUUGUAAUGCAAAAAUGAAAAGCUCAGUCUCAGAUCCAGAAUCGCAUUCACAAAUUAUCAUUAUAAUAUCUCAAACUCACAGGGAGCCCAAUUAUCUCUUUGAAAUAAAAUAUAAAUCCAAGGAUGACAAUGUGAUGAACAAAAAAUCAAUGCCUUUUGAUCUUCAAAUGUAACGGGAAGUUAUUUAAGAGCAUAUGCCUAAUGUUAGCAUUCUUUAAUCGUUGUCUAAAAUUUCAUUUUAUGAAAGGCCGAAUACGGAUCUCUAUAUUAAAAAGUUUUUAAUUUGCACCGUUACAACUGUUACAGAGACAAAUAAAUGUUUUAACUCACGAAA